AUGCGCGAGGUGGAGGAGGUAGAGUCCGCCGAUCUCGUGGCGCUCGGAGAGAGUGAGCGGGACGGUCUGCGAGAUGAUGUCGAGCAGGUACUUGAUGGCGGGGAGGGCGCGUACAAGCUGCGUGUGCUGUUCUGGGACGAUCUGCCUGCCUGGCGACAGGAUAACCAAUUCAUCCGCUCGGGUUAUAGACACGAGUCGUUUUCUUGGAAGGGCUGUUUCGAGUCGCUGACCUAUCUGCACAACGAAUCGGUCAAUAUCUACUCGCACCUCGUCGGCUCGCUCUUCUUCCUCAUCUUCCUCGGCGUCACGCUCGACGCUCUGCUGCCGCGCUACCCGUCUACCUCGACCAAGGAUUUCGCGGUCUUUAUCAUCUUCUUUGUCGGCGCGGUGCUUUGUCUCGGCAUGUCAUCGACCUACCACUGCAUGAACUGCCACUCUGAAUCGGUCGCCAAGUUUGGCAAUCGUCUGGACUACAUCGGCAUCAUCUUCCUCAUCGUCGGCUCGUUCGUGCCCGCAAUCUACUACGGCCUGCACUCGCUCGCGCGCACCAUGCCGAUUUUCUUCGCCAUCGUCGCCGUGCUGGGUACCGUCUGCACGAUCCUCACGCUCCGGCCCGAGUUCGCCGAUCCGUCCUGGCGCACGUUCCGCGCGAGCAUGUUUGUCGUCUUUGGCGUCAGCGGCGUGAUUCCGAUGGCGUACUGCGCCUACGAGCUUGGCUAUGCGGAGCUCAAGAGUCGCGUGCAGCUGCCGUAUAUGCUUGCCGAGGGUGCGCUUUACAUCUCCGGCGCGGCUAUCUACGCGGCGCGGAUACCUGAGCGCUUCAGACCCGGCAAAUUCGACCUGAUCGGCUCCUCGCACCAGAUUUUCCACUUCUUCGUCGUCGCGGCUGCUGUCUCGCAUCUCAUCGGAAUCAUCAAAGCCUACAGAUUCUGCCACGGCGAGCGCUACGGAUUCUAA